GACACGCUGGCAUCGGAUCCCAACAGCGUGUUCUUCAGGGAGCUCAUAGAGGCGAUCCAGUGCAUCAAGGAUCACCGUGUCUUCCAAGACAUCAACACUGCGGACGGGUACGGCCUGCCAAGCUCCGCGCAUGCCGACCCGGGUGAAGUCGCCACUGGCGCUGGCCUCAACCCGACCAACUUCGUUCAUUCCAUCGAGGCGAGUGGCACGUACAGCUGCUACACGAACCUGUUCCUUAUCGAUUUGACGGCCGUGCAGUCCAAGCAGGUCCCGAUAUCCAGGAAUAAGAUCCGUGAGCUGCAGGACCACUUCUUCUCGCAGCCGACGUCCACUUGGCCGUUGCACUUGAGCGUGGCGGUCCGAAGCAACCAGCGCCCGCCCAACACGCACUGGGGUCCCGGGUGCUGCAGCCUCCUCACGGCGCCAGAGGUGGCAUGGGCUUACGUCCUGUCGGUGGCCGAAUCCAUCAAGAAUGGGGCCACCGACCCGGAGUUGGCGCCUUGGUACACUGGCUUGCUGGCUGCCCCGAUGAAGUUUUGUAGGAUCGAUAACGAGCAGGAGCGGUACUGGGCCCACUUGCAGUCUCGCGAGGACCUGGUCCAAAUGGCGGAGUCUGUCAAGCGCUCCCCAAUCGAGAGAGGCUUUGACGUGAUGGAAGCCAGGGUGUUGCUGGACUCGGGGAAGGAGCUGGGAGCCAAAGAGUGCGCUGGCCACUGGGCGAAGAACGUCAGGCUCGCCAAAUCGUCCGAGCCGAUCUCCGUGAGCUUCGUGGACGCCGUGUUCACCAUCUGGAAGAGGGCGAUGGGCGUCCCGCACUUGAAAGCGCUGGUGAUGCGGUUCGAGACGGAGCUGAGCAGGUCCCCGUGGGACAGCAUCUACAAGCUCGAGGCUGUGGUGAAACGAUGCUCCACCACCGCGAACAUCACGUGGGCCCUCAGUGUCUUGUUCGACGCAUUGAAGAAUGGCCUCCUGACCGCCCCGGAGAUCGCCUUGCGCCAGUUGCAAGGCAAAGGCAUGCCGGGCAACAAGGGCAUCCUCGAUUUGUUUAUGGCCAAGAAGGACGUCGCUGAGGCCAUGUUCAAGCUAGGCAACGAGAAAGGCUUGAACAACUCCCUCUUGACUAAGAUGGACUCGUGGCGAACCUCCAUGGACAACUACCGCAACGACGUAGGCUACUGGGACGGCGCUGCGAAAUCAUACACGGUGAAUAACCACUGGAUCAUGGCCCUCCCCCAGUCGGCCCAGAAGUUCCUCAAGAUAUGGGAGGAAGCGGUCGCUCUCUGCGAACACAACGACGCCCUGAAGCAGCGCAAGAUCUCGGACCUGACGGUGAACGAGGGUUUUUUGAACAAGAAGCCCAUUUCCGACCGCCUGGAGUCCAUCUGGGAGGAGCUGGCGGAGGAGAACGGCGGGAAACCCAGCGGGGAUGAGGACGGCAACAGCAAGCUCCAGCUCGCGGAGGUGGACGACAUGGAGAUCGAGGAUGCGGUCAUGGUCAGCAAGGUCUCCCGCACAGUGGCGCUGGCGAGCGACUCGGAAGGGAGGCUCAGGAAGUGGGCGGACUACGCCAGGCAGAAGGUCAACAGGGUCGUCAAGCUCGAAGUGCACCCGGGCACCGUCGACGGCGUGGCCAGGAUCUUCAAGGAGUCGGCCCUCAGCCUCAAGGUGGAAGCCAACUGCGCGACGACGAAGGACGACUUCAAGAAAAUGAAAUACAUCACGGUGAUCUAUGACACGAAGCUCUCGGGGUCGGCCACGGCCCGCGCUCACCUCCGCAUCGUCAACUUCCGCGAGAGCCACCAGAAGACGGGUAUCAAGGGCAUCAUGACAGGCGCAGGCGAUCAAAAUUCGAUCGCGGACAACUUGAUGUUCUUCGUGUUGGACGGGCAGCAGCACGGGCAUGAGACCAAGCUCAUGAAGGCCUUCGUGGACGAGAACGGCAGGAGCGUGACCAAGGAGAAGAAGACGAUCUACGUUGCGUGUUCGGAGUCUUCGCUCCGCAAGCGCCGAGCCAGGGUUCGUGGUUCCGUCUCGCUCUCAUGCGUUGAGUUCUGCCACAUUGUGACCCACAAGCCCUUGGCGCUGCCAGAGAAGACUCGGCUGCACUUCCCCGGGGCGACGCACUCGGACUUGCUCGGGCCCUUCGACGUGCCAGAUAACAGUUCGGUGUGGCUGGUGCCUCAGAAGGACAAGGCGGAGAUCUACGGCCCCGCCAUGGUGGAGUCUGGUGGCUCCAUUCCUGGCGAUGACGCUCAGGCAGACCCAGCUCCCAAGCCAACCGACAGGGUUCCGCUGACCUACUGGAGCAACGGCAGCAAGAUGUACGAGGAGCUCGACCACGGGGCCAACAGCGGGGGGUGGGUCGACCUCACGUGCAUAGACGAGUACCUCGCCAUGCUGUGCAUCCGCCAGCAGAAGCCCUACUUGGGUUACUGCCCGACUGAGAAGCACAGAUCGAUGCUGUCGGACCGUCUCGAAUGCUUGGUUUUCGACGCGUUCCAGACAGUCGGCGACUCGCUCUAUGAGGCAGGCCUCGCGGAGCUGGUCAACCCCGACGGCAACGAGGAGGAGCCCGCCGCCGAGCAGGAGGAUGAGGAGCUCGCCGAG